AUGGCUCUCCUGGUGGACAAGUUGCGGCCUAGGACCCUUGAUUCUCUUUCUUAUCACCAUGAGCUCUCAGCGCGAUUGAAGUCACUGGCUCAGAGUGGCGAUUUCCCUCACCUUCUGGUUUACGGGCCCUCGGUCUACCACCUUGAGAUUACGCCGGCGGACGUGGGGAAUUAUGAUCGCGUGGUUAUACAGGAGCUGCUCAAAGAGGUCGCCCAAACUCAGCAGGUUGACCUUUCCGCGAAACAGCGCUUCAAGGUUGUUGUGAUCAACGAAGCCGACCAUCUGACGCGCGAUGCGCAAGCCGCCUUGAGGCGGACGAUGGAGAAGUACAGUCCAAAUUUGAGGUUGAUAUUACUGGCAAACAGCACGUCAAAUAUCAUCGCCCCUAUCCGCUCCCGGACCCUGCUGGUCAGGGUCUCAGCGCCGACGGAAGAGGAAAUUUGUUCGGUUUUGAGGAUGGCUGGUAAGAGAGAAGGGUGGGCUGAAGUGGAUGGGCUCAAUAAAAGAAUCGCGAAGGAGAGUGGGCGGAAUUUGCGGCGGGCAUUACUCAUGUUCGAGGCCGUCUACGCACAAAAUGAGAAAGUCACCGACAAAACUCCAAUUCCUCCUCCUGACUGGGAGGCUCUCAUCUCACUGACAGCAGAUGAGAUAUUAGCAGAGCGGUCACCGGCACGGCUAUUACAGGUCCGCGCAAGACUCUACGACCUCUUGACUCAUUGCAUACCUCCUACAACCAUCCUCAAGACGUUGACGUUCAAACUAAUUGCUAAAGUCGAUGAUGCUCUAAAACCAGACGUAAUCAAAUGGUCUGCUUUCUACGAACACAGAAUAAAACUCGGGAGUAAAGUCAUCUUCCACCUAGAGGCCUUUGUCGCCAAGUUUAUGCGUAUCUAUGAAGGGUACUUGAUGGGAAUGGACUUUUAA